AUGUACUACGAUGCUCUCUGCGAGCCGCCCCCGCAUCCGGGACAAAGAACUGAAUCGAACGCAGAGAUCCCCCUGAAGGAAAAUCAGCUUAAGGCGACGCGAGUGAUCUGGCAAAGCGCAAGAAACGCAACAAACGGAAAGGAGGGUCAAGCAAGCAUGGCAUCUCCGGGCAUACUGCGUUUCUGUUCUGGUAACCGCCACUCUACCGAGUUAGUGUCAGGCGACAAAGGUAAUGCUGUUCAGCUCCUCUCGAUACGGGUGUGCGAGCAGCGUCUGACUCGAGCGGAUCCACGAUUUAUCGACUUGGUGCUUGUCAUCGAUCGUGCUACACCUAUAACACAUACAAUGUCUGCCAUGCUGCUCUCCUUGACUAUUUUGUCUAACUCGGAUUACAUGUUGCCCCCGUCUAUCGGGGCUGUUCACAUUGCUCUAGAUGGGCGUUCGCGUCGUCGUCGUUCACUGUUUCCUCUUCUUCAAGGACAGGUACAACCAAGCAGAGCACUAGGCAGACGGGGACUCGGAAGAGUCGACCCAGACACCCACACUCCAAGAUGGAAGCAGGUCGGAAGAUGGGCCCCCAAAGACAUAAGAGGCUGGAUCUCAUUACCCGAGCAAAUAGUGUGUCAGCUGGGAGGGCCUUGUAGAACAAAGAUGGAGACGCAUAGCUCAUGUUCAGACUCUCGAGGAAUCCCAAGGGCCCACGGUAGCGCAAACAGCGCUAGAAAAUCCGGAUACAGUGAAGAUCCUAUCAGACUGAUCUUUGCCGAUUUAUCGAGAAUGGUGGGCAUGUGUCGAUCCUGGCAGCUUAUAAUGCGGGACGGCAAUUUGUUCUACAUUCACUGGGUUCAGUGUUCUCUCAAUAUUAGAGAUUGCACCCAUCGAUCAGCCCUUGAGUAUGAUACCUAUGGGCGAGAAAGCAUUUUCAUUUCUCUCCUCUCAACACUCCCUACCGGCGAUUUUUCGACUCUCAGUGAGGUUGGCUCUCAGAUAUUAUUUGCUUCUGAUAAGAAAAAUUUUCGUGAUGAUGAAGAAGAUAAGGCACUACGAGCUGCCUGUACUCAGCUUGCAGAGUUCAUGGCUCUCUUCGACGAGGAAGAUGGUUAUCUCAUAGAUAAUGAAGAUCGCAAGCUCCAGUGUUCACAACACACAGAAUUGGAAGAUUUUCCCAAGCCCGUGUCUGUUGGUGCAGGGAGACUUCCACGAGAACUAUACAUAUACACAAUGCGGACAGUUUUACUACGCGCUAGAGAAACUGACAGCACCUUCUAG